AUUAAACGGAGGCCCAUAUUCGAAAGCCCAUAAUCAAAGAUCCAUAUUCUAAGGCCCAAAUAUGAGCUCCUUUAUAAACAAAAACAAACCCUAAAAAUGUUCUUUCACUCUCUACAGCUCGAGUCAGAAGCAACCUUGCAGGUAAGGCACCAUGGUUAAGCACAACAAUGUUAUCCCCAAUGAACAUUUUCGUAAACAUUGGCAAAACUAUGUGAAGACAUGGUUUAAUCAACCAGCAAGGAAGACCAGAAGACGCUUGGCUCGCCAAAAGAAGGCAGUUAAGAUUUUCCCCAGGCCUACUGCUGGACCUCUUAGGCCAAUUGUUCAUGGACAAACUGCCAAAUACAACAUGAAACUCCGAGCUGGUAAAGGAUUUUCUCUUGAAGAGUUGAAGGCUGCUGGUAUCCCAAAGAAGCUUGCUCCAACCAUUGGCAUUGCCAUAGAUCAUCGCCGCAGGAAUCGUUCUUUGGAGGGUCUUCAAGCUAAUGUGCAGAGGCUGAAGACAUACAAGGCCAAAUUGGUUGUUUUCCCAAGACGUGGACGCAAGACCAAGGCUGGUGACUCUACACCUGAGGAACUUGCUAAUGCCACACAAGUCCAGGGAUCAUACUUGCCAAUUGUGAGGGAGAAGCCAGCGGUUGAACUUGUUAAGAUUACUGAUGAAAUGAAGGCAUUCAAAGCUUAUUACAAGCUCCGCCUUGAACGCACAAACAAGCGUCACCUUGGUGCUAGGCUCAAGAGGGCUGCUGAGGCAGAAAAGGAAGACAGCAAGAAGUGAUGACCUUGAGAACUCAGUUGAUAAUCCAUUCAUAUUAUAGUUGUUUCAAGACAAAUUUUGUUCGAAAUUAAUUUUCUUCAGAACAUGCUUAGUCUAAAUUAUGGAUGCUUUUGCUUACUUAUUUUGUGUACCAUUUUCUCAAGUUUGUUGAAUUAGCUAUUGCCAUGUUUUGUCUGA